AUGAAAAAAGAUGCUAAUUUUACAUCAAAUGAACGAGGUGUUUUAAUUGCCGGCACAGCAAUGGGGGGAAUUGCGGCUUUUGGGACUCUUCCCCCCAUAAUUGAUAUUUUUGGUAUUCGACUAGUUUUGUCUGUAUGUGGAAUUGUUUCUGGAAUUGUUACAACAGCUUUACCCGAAUUAUUUUUUUAUGGAGGGUUUUGGGCAAUUUUAAUUAUAAGAAUUAUACAAGGAUUUUGUUUGAUGCCUUCAAUGCCUACAAUAAGUAAAGUUACACAUAGUUGGGCUAGAGAUAGUGAACAAGCUAUUUUUGUGACUAUUUUAUCGUUAUUUAUGCAGCUAAGCGUUAUCAUAACAAUGCCAAUAACUGGAAGAUUAUGUAAUACAUCACUUGGGUGGCCCGCUGCAUAUUACCUUUUUGGCAUUUUAUGUUUAAUUGUUUUUAUUUUAUUUUUUAUUAUCUAUCGUGAUUGGCCACAUCAAUCCUCCUUAAUUUCACAAAAAGAAGCUAGAAUAAUUUCUACUAAUCAACAAAAAAAGAAAUUAAAAGAUGAAAAAGUGCCCUAUAUUAAAAUGUUAACAGACAGGGCUGUUUGGGCCUGUAUUUGUAUUGCUAUAAGUUGUGGAUUGUCACAUUGGUUAUUUGCACAAUAUGGACCGUUAUAUAUGCAUGAGGCAAGGGAUUUUAAUUUUUUGAAGCAUAUUUUAUCCGCGGUAACAAUUAUGGUCUAG